UUGAAUAAAACACUCAAAAACAGUGCAUGGUGAUGAUUAUGGUAAAACAUAACCCCAAAUAAAAACAAUUGUAUAUGGUUAUACAGUUGCUUUAUAAAAAUUAAUAUUUUUUAUAUAUUUAAAUAUUUGUACUUAAGUGUUGGUUAUUACUUACUAUUAGGUUAGGAUUUAAUUACACUGGCUGUUGUUUACCAUGGCUGCGACUUUGCGACCGUACCUUACUGCUGUUAAACACACACUUACAGCUGCGAUGUGUGUAGAGAACUUUUCUUCACAAGAUAUCGAAAGGCACAACAAACCGGAAGUUGAAGUCAGAUCCAGCAGGGAGCUUCUCCUUAAUCCCGUCCUUAUCAGUCGCAAUGAGAAAGAAAAAGUUCUAAUAGAAAGUUCUGUGAAUUCAAUCCGAAUCAGCAUAGCCAUAAAACAAGCUGAUGACAUUGAAAAAAUUCUGUGCAAAAAGUUCAUGCGAUUCAUGCAGAUGAGGGCUGAGAACUUUAUAAUACUCAGACGGAAAGCUGUUCAGGGCUAUGACAUAAGUUUUCUGAUAACAAACUUCCACACGGAACAAAUGUACAAACACAAACUAGUAGACUUUGUCCUGCACUUUAUGGAAGAAAUAGACAAGGAAAUAAGUGAAAUGAAACUAGCUGUAAAUGCAAGAGCAAGAAUUGUAUCCGAAGAAUUUUUAAAAAGGUUCUAACAAUGUUGUACUUCUCGUCUGCGGUUUCUUUCCUCUGAAGUUCAUUUUUCCCACUGCAAUGGCUCACUUUCUUACUUGAUCACAAGACUGUAUUCAUACCGCCACCAUAAGAAGUUCUUUUGCAUUAGUUUGAUUUAAGUUAUGCGUUACAUAAUUUUUGUUUUAAUAUUAUGAAAUAAAUACCUUGUUCGAAAUGGUUUCAGAAACA